AUGAGCCUCAACCGCGAGGCGAAAUGCCGCAAAGCAGAGAGCCAGCACGUCAAGAUGGAGAACGAAGAGAUGGAGCAGUGGGCGUGGGAGAAGCUACCACCAGCGGGCUCGAAGAAGGACAAGGACAUGAAGCAGCUGACGGAGACCUUCCUACUGGAGCACCUGCCUCUCUGGGAGAUGUGGGUAUGCAAGAAGCUGCUAUCAUGGACUACGUACCGCCGCUGGACACGACUAGUGCUGAGGACGUUCCUGAGGACAGUCCAUCACGAGAAGUGGAAGCUGGACAGCCACGGCCUACCGGUGCAGCUGCUGUCCACCAAGUUCCCGACCUGGCCAGCGGAGCUUGGACAUCACGAGAAGCUCGAGAUGCGCCGCCCGUGCCGAGAGUCAAAGAAGUCAUCAGCCUCAGCAGCGGAGAUCCAGCAGAACAGAGCGCUGCGCGACACCAUCGAGAGCGCAAAGUCCGAUUUCUUGACCCAGUAUGCGGAGAUCCACGAGCAGCUCAGCAUGGUCACGGUGCUCAACCACCUGCGGCCCCUGUGCAAGAGCUGGGGACUGGUCCAGGCGGGGAAGCAGGAGGUGCGCGGGACGGCAGCCCCAACGACCAAGAUCAAGAAGGAGGUGGAGAUCAAGAAGAUGGAGACGGCCCCCACCAUCGUGGGGCCAACCAUCGCCGCCCACUACACUCAGGACUGUCAGCAUCCGCGCUGCCAGCUGAAGAGGGGUAUUGCGAAGAACGAGCCGAUUGUGAAGAUGAAGCCGUAUGGAUAG